AUGACGACAAGUUUAACCCCGCAAGAUGUCCAACUCGAUGGUAAAGGCUCUAGCAACCAAGCGACAGGCAACAUUGUUGAACAAGCCUUCCAAGAAGCUGUCCAAUACUUCUGCAAUGAGUUGACACAGGAUGAAGUGGAGCAACGUUGGAUCGCACAGCGUACCUCCAUCGGUGAUGUACUCGCCGUGGUUAAAGAGGCGGAAACGAAAUAUCUGACUUCAAAAUCGAAUCAUGGGAACUUUCGUCGGUUCUUAGCGCACCUACCCGAGCGCCUUCUUCACUAUUCCGGUGUCAUCGACGUCUUCGUUCAGGCGCAUCCGGAGUACUCGGCCCUUGCUUGGGGAGCUGUCAAGUUCGUUCUCCUGGGUGUUAUCGAACAUGCAAAGCUAUUCUCAGAGAUAUCAGAAGCCCUCAUUCUGAUAGGUGACGCCCUCGCGCAAGCGGAUUUCAACAGCAAACUUUACCCGAUCAGCUCCAUAUCAGCAGCAGUAUCAAGGCUGUAUGUCUAUAUUAUCCUGUUCUUACAGAAGGCUGUCAAGUGGUAUACUAUGGGCCGAGCCCGCCGGUGGGUUAACGCUGUCUUCGAGCCUUACGACAUCGGGUACAAAAGUACUGUUGAAAAGAUCCAAAAAUGUAUCGCGUCUCUCAAAGACACGGCAAAUAGUGCUGCACAUGCAGAGCUGAGGGGAAUAACCAAAUCCCAGGAGCACCAUCAAGAGAAACUCGAAUUAGUGGAUGAGGAAGUUCGAGGGGUCAGACAGGAGCUGAGGAUGAUCGGGAUUAAGAUGGCUUCCCAGGAAGAGGCGCUAAACAAAGUGCUGCACUAUGUCUCAGGCAGCCAGGCGAUUAGCAACCGACUUUUACUGUAUGCUGAAGAUGGCAAAGUGGCAGCCAUUCUCGACGAACUCGAGUCAGGUUUCGACGCCAUGGGACGAUACCACGCCUGUCUUGCAGUGAGCCAGAAACGCAAGGCCUGGACACAUGCGGGCAAGGAAUCAGCACUAGCGUUGGCCGCGAUCAGAAGAUGGGCAUCUUCCGCUCGCUCUGCUUUCUUGGUAGUACAAGGGAGUCCAAGAGAAGAGGCAAAGAUCAAAGACCUAGUUGUUGAUGUGGUGCAUUGGGCACGAGAAAUCGGUGCCCCGACUAUCUGGACCUUGUCGGACAGGGUUAACGGGCCAGAUAGGCUGCUAUCAUCUCUCGCCGGGGUUUGGAAAACACUCGCCUCCCAGAUCAUCCGGCAAGACUCGUCCAUUCUGAGCAAAACAAGUGCUAACCUCACUAUAUCAGAGCUCAAGACACAGCACGCUGCAACUGACUGGAAGGCUCUGUUCUCCGCAGCAGUCACGCAAAUACAAAAAUGCGUUAUUGUCGUGGAAGCCCGCGCCCUAUUCGACGUGAUGGCCAAUAACCCUUCCGAGGUGGCUGCUUUCCUUCUGGAAUUCCAAACGGUUGUGGAGGCAGCAAACAGCCGCGGAAGCACUGUCAAGAUACUGGUCGCAAGCUAUUGUGCGUCAAGGACGGCUAUCACCAGUCUUCCAGCCCAUGAUGAUCGGUCGACUAUCUUCGUGAGGCGAUCCAUGUCGUCUCGCCACCAGUCAAGGCCAACCACAUCUGUUCGAAAGAGAGGAUUAAGGCAUAUUCGCGGUUUCUGA